CGACUGCUCUCCCGAGAGCUUUGCAGGAGGCUCCCAGACGCGUUUGCAGUCGGUAAUCGAGGGACUUCCUAGACUAUCUCAGCAAUAGCUUUGCUAGCCCGACCUUGGGAGUCGGGUUCUCUCCCCCGUUGCUCUCUAAGGGAGGAGGUCGAGGUAGCUCAGGCAGACCAGGGAAAAAACGGUGGCAGCCAGAUUGGCUGGUUGGGGGCCAGAGGGCUGAAGGAAGAAUAUAGACUUGUUUUAGAACCACAGAAAGUAAGAGGGAGGGCCAGCUUUUGCAGGCAGCAUCAUGGCGUGGCCGUGCAUCACGCGGGCCUGCUGCAUCGCCCGCUUCUGGAACCAGUUGGACAAGGCGGACAUAGCUGUGCCGCUGGUUUUCACCAAGUACUCGGAGGCCACCGAGCACCCGGGCGCCCCGCCGCAGCCGCCGCCGCCUCAACAGCAGCAGGCGCAGCCGACACUCGCGCCCGCCUCGGCGCGCGCGGUCGCCAUAGAGACGCAGCCGGCCCAGGGCGAGUUGGAUGCAGUUGCCCGGGCAACAGGGCAGGCCCCGGGGCCCAGCGGCGACCGCGAGGCGGCAGCGGCCCCGGGCCGAAGCGGCCCAGGCCUGGGCGCCUCCACUGACGCAGGCCCCGCGGACUCGGUGAUGCGCCAGGACUACCGCGCUUGGAAAGUGCAGCGGCCCGAGCCGAGCUGCCGACCUCGCAGCGAGUACCAGCCGUCCGACGCGCCCUUCGAGCGCGAGACCCAGUACCAGAAGGACUUUCGCGCCUGGCCGCUGCCGCGCCGCGGGGACCACCCGUGGAUCCCCAAGCCCGUGCAGAUCUCCACGUCCUUCCAGGCCCCAGCGCCCAUCCUUGGGGCGCCCAAGCGCCGGCCGAAGAGCCAGGAGCGCUGGCCGGUGCAGGACGCCGCUGAGGCCCCGGAGCAGGAGGCGGCCCCUGGCGGAGCGGGUGUCCUUGCGGCCGGAAAGGCGUCCGGUGGGGAGGAGCGCGACGCACGAAGGAAGGCCUGGCCCGCCUGGAUGCUGCGUCGCGCCGAGGGGCAGGGGCUCGAGCAGACACCGCUGCCAGUGGCCCAGGUCCAGGCGGCCGGCCCCGAGGGUGGCAAGGGGCGUGCGGCGGCGGACGCCCUCAACAGGCAAAUCCGCGAGGAGGUGGCGAGUGCAGUGGGCAGUUCCUACAGGAAUGAAUUCAGAGCAUGGACGGACAUCAAGCCUGUGAAACCAAUAAAAGCGAAGCCCCAGUACAAGCCCCCAGAUGAUAAGAUGGCUCAUGAGACCAGCUACAGUGCCCAGUUCAAAGGGGAGGCCAAUAAGCCCACACCAGCCGAUAAUAAGUUCAUUGAUCGCAGAAGAGUACGCAGCCUCUACAGCGAACCUUUUAAGGAAUCCCCGAAGGUGGAGAAAACUAGUGUUCAGAGUUCCAAACCAAAAAAGACCUCCGUGAGCCAUAAGCCCCCAAGGAAGGCCAAAGACAAGCAGGUGGUGUCGGGCCGGGCCGCCAAGAAAAAGAGCGCGGAGGGUCCCAGUCCCGCCAAACCCGAUGACAAGGAGCAAAGUAAAGAGAUGAACAAUAAACUGGCUGAGGCUAAAGAGAGUCUGGAUCAACCUGCCGGCGAUUCACAUGAGAAUCAAGGUCCUGUAGCCCCAGAGCCAGACAAGGAUCAAGGACCCAUAGUCCUGGGGCCUCUGAAAGGUCAAGGUCCUGUGAUCCCAGAGCCUACGAAAGAUCAACGUUCCAUGGACCUGGGGCCGCCAAAGGAUCAAGGUCCCGUGGUCUCAGAGCCUCUGAAGGAUCAAGAUCCCAUGGUCCCAGAGCCUCUGAAGGAUCAAGGUCCUGUGGUCCCAGAGCUGCUAAAGGAUCAAGGUGCUGUGGUCCCAGAGCUGCUAAAGGAUCAAGGUCCUGUGGUCCCAACACAAGUCAAAGAUCAAGAUCAUGUGGUCCCCGAGCCUUUAAAGAAGGAAGGUUCCAUGAUCUCAGUGCCAGUCAAGGACCACAGUCCCAUGGUCCCAGUUCCUCUAAAGAAUCAGAGUCCAACUGUUCCAGAAGAAGUCAAGAAUCAAGGUUCUGUGACACCAGAGCCUCUGAAGGAUCAAGGCCCAGUGGUCCCUGAGUCUGAGAAGACUCAAGGUCCCUUGGCCCCAGCACCUGUCAAGGAUCAAGGUCCCAUGGUCCCAGAGCAUCUGAUGGUUCAAAGUCCCAUGCUUAUAGCAUCUGUAAAGAAUCAAGGUUUAGUGACCCCAGAGCACCUGAAGGACCACGAUUCUGUGGUUGUGGCACCUGUAAAGAAUCACGGUCCUGUGGGCCCUGAUGCUGUGAAGAAUCAAGGUCCUAUGAUCCCAGCCCUAGUCAAGGAUCAAGGUUCCAUGAUCUCAGAGCCUCCAAAGAAUCAAGGUCCUGGGAUCCCUGGGCCUGUGAAGAAUCAAGUUCCUAUAAUCCCGGUGCCUCUGAAAGAUCAAGAUCCUCUGGUGUCAGCACCAGCAAAGGACCAAGGUCCUAUCGUCCCUGAACCUCUGAAGACUCAAGGUCCCAGGGGCCUACAGCUGCCCACUGUCUCACCUCCACCCCCAGUCAUGAUCCCAACUGUCCCUCAUUCGGAAUAUAUUGAGGGUUCCCCUUGACACCCAUCCGCUGACAUGCCAAUGAAGGAACUAGUAGUGAAUGUGCUC